AUGAUGGGUGUGUGGCUCCCCAGAGGCCUCUAUGUGGCAGCUGUGACUGUGGCGCUGAUGGUGCUGAGCCCUCCCGCGGCUUUGGUCAGGGACCCCCGACCACAUUUCCUGCUGCAGCUGAAGGGCGAGUGUCAUUACCUCAAUGGGACGGAGCGCAUGAGGACUGUGACCAGAUUCAUCUAUAACCAGGAAGAGUUUGCACGCUUUGACAGUGACAUUGGGAAGUUCCUGGCAGUGACGGAGCUGGGGCAGCCCAUAGCCGAGGACUUGAAUAGCCAGAAGGAUGUCCUGGACAAUUAUCGGGCCUCAGUGGACAGGUGCAGAAACAACUACCAACUUGUUGAUUGGUUCCUGUUGAACUUAAAAGCUGAGCCUCAGGUGACUGUGUACCCGGCAAAGACACAGCCCCUGGAGCACCAUAACCUCCUGGUCUGCUCUGUGAGAGGCUUCUACCCAGGCCACAUUGAAGUCAGAUGGUUCCGGAAUGGCCAGGAGGAGAAGACUGGGGUCGUGACCACGGGCCUGAUCCGGAAUGGGGACUGGACCUUCCAGGCACUGGUGAUGCUGGAGAUGGUUCCUCAGAGUGGAGAGGUUUACACCUGCCAGGUGGAGCACCCCAGCCUGACCAGCCCUGCCAGAGUGGAGUGGAGGGCUCAGUCCACGUCAGCACGGAAGAAGAUGCUGAGUGGAGCUGUGGUCUUGGUGCUGGGUCUGCUGUCCCUCCCAGGGGGGCUGUUCAUCUACUCGAGGAACCUGAGAGGUAAGGAGCUGGUGGGGCCAACAUUCUCCAUAGCAUUUCAGGGGAGAGUUGUGGCUUCGCUAAGCUCCCUACAGAUCUCCCCACACUGA